GCGGCCCCGGCGCGGAGCCCUGGGCUCGGCUGCGGCCCUGCGCGAGCCCGGAGCCCCGCACGCCGCCCCGAGGACCUCGCACGCCGCCCCGAGGACCCCGCCCCGAGCUCGGCCCAUCAGGGUGGAGAGAAGAGAUGCCAAAGCUGCAGGGCUUCGAGUUCUGGAGCCACACCCUGGGGGGGGCCCGCCACGUGGUGGCCCCCAUGGUGGACCAGAGCGAGCUGGCCUGGAGGCUGCUGAGUCGCCGCCACGGGGCCCAGCUCUGCUACACCCCCAUGCUGCACGCCCAGGUCUUCGUCCGCGACGCCAACUACCGGAAGGAGAACCUGUACUGCGAGGUGUGCCCCGAGGACCGGCCCCUCAUUGUGCAGUUCUGUGCCAACGACCCGGAGGUGUUUGUCCAGGCCGCGCUCCUGGCUCAGGACUACUGUGACGCCAUCGACCUGAAUCUGGGCUGCCCACAGAUGAUAGCCAAGCGGGGUCACUACGGCGCCUUCCUGCAGGAGGAGUGGGACCUGCUCCAGAGAAUGAUUCAGCGGGCCCACGAGAAGCUUUCCGUCCCGGUCACGUGCAAGAUCCGGGUCUUCCCAGAGAUUGACAAGACCGUGAGGUACGCCCAGAUGCUGGAGAAGGCUGGCUGCCAGCUGCUGACGGUGCACGGGCGCACCAAGGAGCAGAAGGGGCCUCUGUCGGGCACCGCGUCCUGGGAGCACAUCAGGGCCGUGCGCAGGAAGGCCGUGGCCAUCCCUGUGUUUGCCAACGGGAACAUCCAGUGCCUGCAGGACGUGGAGCGCUGCCUGCGGGAUACGGGGGUGCAGGGGGUCAUGAGUGCAGAGGGCAACCUGCACAACCCCGCGCUGUUCGAGGGCCGCAGCCCUGCCGUGUGGGAGCUGGCCGAGGAGUACCUGGACCUGGUGCGCCAGCACCCCUGCCCGCUGUCCUGCGUCCGGGCCCACCUCUUCAAGCUGUGGCACCACACGCUGCAGGUGCACCAGCAGCUUCGAGAGGAGCUCGCCAAGGCGAAGACCCUGGAGGGCGUGGCCGCCGUGAGCCAGGAGCUGAAGCUUCGGUGUCAGGAGGACAUGUCCCGGCAGGAGGGGGAGGAGCCCUCAGGCGGCCUGCCUUUCUUCCAUUGGAUCUGCCAGCCCUACUUCCGGCCGGGGCCCAAGGAGGGGAGCCAGGAGAACACAGGCGCCCGCAGUAAGCGGGCCCUGGAGGAGGAGGAGGGCGGCGCAGACGUCCUGUCCAAGAACAAGCAGAAGAAGCAGCUGAGGAACCCCCACAAGACCUUCGACCCCUCGCUGAAGCCAAAAUACGCAAAGUGCGACCAGUGUGGGAACCCCAAGGGCAACCGGUGUGUGUUUAACCUGUGCCGGGGCUGCUGCAAGAAGCGAGCCUUCAAAGAGACUGCGGACUGCCCAGGUCACGGAUUGCUUUUUAAAACCAAACUGGAGAGAUCGCUGGCCUGGAAGGGGGCCCAGCCCCAGCUGCAGGAGCCCCCGCAGGCGGGACCCGGGGACCCAGGCGGCUUCCCCGAGGUCCUGGGCAGUGCCCUGGCCUGAGGCCGGCAAAGGCCGCCGCCCGCCCCUCCCUCCGGGCUCAGGACUGUGCGAAGCCCCCACCCUAAGGAGACGCCUUCACUCAGGGAACCUCCUGCUCCUCCACACCCCUCGGCCACGCGGGGCUGAGUGCGGCCCCAGCGAGCGCUCCCAGGCUGGACCUGCCUGUCCUCGCACUGUGCGCCCCACAGUGAACAAUAAACCUUCGGAGACUUGCA